AUGGGAAUUUGGGGGACACUUUGCUUUUUAAUUUUCCUGGACAAAACCUGGGGACAGGAACAAACCUAUGUUAUUUCAGCACCCAAAGUCUUCCAGGUUGGAGCAUCCGAAAAUGUUGUAAUUCAAGCCCAUGGCUACACCGAAGCAUUUGAUGCGACAAUCUCUAUAAGAAGUUAUCCUGACAAAAAAAUUACCUACUCUUCAGGCUAUGUUAAUCUAUCUCCAGAAAAUAAAUUCCAAAACUCAGCAAUGUUAACAAUACAACCCAGCCAACUGCCUGGAGAACAAGACCCAGUCUCACAUGUGUACCUAGAAGUCGUGUCAAAGCAUUUCUCAAAAUCGAAAAAAAUGCCACUAUCCUAUGACAAUGGAUUUCUCUUCAUACAUACAGACAAACCUGUUUACACUCCAGACCAGUCAGUAAAAGUUAGAGUCUACUCGCUGAAUGACGACUUGAAGCCAGCCAAAAGGGAGACUGUCUUAACUUUCAUAGAUCCAGAAGGAUCAGAAGUUGACAUCAUGGAAGAAAAUGAUUACACAGGAAUUAUCUCUUUUCCUGACUUCAAGAUUCCAUCUAAUCCUAAGUAUGGUGUAUGGACAAUUAAAGCUAAAUAUAAGAAGGAUUUUUCAACAACUGGCGCUGCAUACUUUGAAAUUAAAGAAUAUGUCUUGCCACGUUUCUCUGUUUCAAUAGAACCAGAAAGUAACUUCAUUGGUUUUAAGAACUUUAAGAACUUUGAAAUCACUGUAAAAGCCAGAUAUUUUUAUAAUAAAGUAGUCCCGGAUGCUGAAGUGUAUGUCUUUUUUGGCUUGAGAGAAAGUAUAAAAGAGGACCAGAAGGAAAUGAUGCAGAAAGCAAUGCAAGUCACAACGUUGAUCAAUGGAGUUGCUCGUGUCACAUUUGAUUCUGAAACAGCAGUUAAAGAACUAUCAUAUGAAAGCCUAGAGGAGCUAAAUGACAAGUACCUUUAUGUUGCUGUAACAGUCACAGAAUCUUCCGGUGGAUUUUCAGAAGAGGCAGAAAUCCCCGGCAUCAAAUAUGUCCUCUCUCCCUACACGCUGAAUCUGGUUGCUACUCCUCUUUUCUUGAAGCCUGGCAUUCCAUUUUCCAUCAAGGUCCAGGUUAAGGAUUCACUUGAGCAGCUGGUAGGAGGGGUCCCGGUAACUCUGACGGCGCAGACAGUUGAUGUGAAUCAAGAGACAUCUGACCUGGAACCAAAGAGAAGUGUCACUCACACCACUGAUGGGGUAGCUUCGUUCGUGGUCAAUCUCCCAUCUGAAGUGACGGCGCUGAACUUUAACGUCAAAACUGAUGCCCCAGAACUAUCAGAAGAAAAUCAAGCCAGCAAAGAGUACCAAGCGAUCACAUACUCAUCUCUCAGCCAAAGUUACAUUUAUAUUGCUUGGACUGAAAACUACAAGCCCGUGCUUGUAGGAGAAUUUCUGAAUAUUAUUGUUACCCCCAAGAGUCCAUAUAUUGACAAAAUAACUCACUAUAAUUACUUGGUGUUUCAAGCUUUUGAUAAGAGUGACCUGGGCUGUGGAGCAGGCGGUGGCCGUAACAAUGCAGAUGUAUUCAAUCUAGCAGGACUCACAUUCCUCACCAACGCAAAUGCAGAUGACUCCCAACACCAUGGUGAAUCAUGUGAGGAAAUUCUCAGACCAAAAAGAGACCUACACCUCCUGCAGCGGACAAUAGAAGAACAAGCUGCUAAAUACAAGCACCGAGUGCCAAGGAAAUGUUGUCUUGAUGGAGCCCGGCUUAAUGAAUAUGAAACCUGUGCACAGCGAGUUGCCCGGGUCACCAUAGGCCCAAACUGUGUCAGGGCCUUCAAUGAGUGUUGUAUUAUCGCAACCAAGAUCCGACAAGAAGGUUUCAUUAAACCUAUGCAGUUGGGGAGGAUUCACAUAAAGACCCUGUUACCAGUAAUGAAAGCAGAUAUUCGAAGUUACUUUCCGGAGAGCUGGCUAUGGGAAGUCCAUCAUGUCCCCAAAAGAAACCAGAUGCGGGUUGUGCUGCCUGACUCACUGACUACCUGGGAGAUCCAAGGCAUCGGCAUUUCAGACAGUGGUAUAUGUGUUGCUGAUACACUCAAGGCAAAAGUGUUCAAAGAUGUCUUUCUGGAGAUGAACAUACCGUAUUCUGUUGUACGAGGGGAACAGAUCCAAUUGAAAGGAACUGUUUACAAUUAUAGGACUUCAGGGACAAUG